AUGGGACUCAUUCCGGAUCCAGACGACGAUCAAAGGACGCUGGACCCAGAGAUAGAGUCCAAGCGCAUGUGUGUCACUGCCGCCGAAGUGCUGAACGGCCUCCUACAGAAGGCAUUGGAAGAUGGCCAUAUCUUCCCCGACAUCAAUGGUGGAUACGAUGAGGCCCUGCGCUCGUGGGCCAUCGGUGUAGGCGCCCCCGCUGCCCUGGAUUGGGAGUUGGGCUCGGACCACAACUUCAAAUGCUCCGUUAGAGAAUGCACCAAGGCGACGAUCGAGUGCGAUACUCUGUUGAUCCCGAGCACAAACGCUGAGGGCAACAAGACCUACACCGUCAAGAGCAGACUCCGUGGUCUGCCCGAAGCCCUUGGAGGUCAGUCCGUCUUCUCGAAAGCCGGUCUGCGAACGGCCGGACAGGAGCUCGACAGCCACCUGCUGACCCAGGUCGACGAGCAGAUCAAGGCGGCUGCUACCGGCGAUUGCCCUCGCACGCUGUCUGAUCCCGAAGUCCUCGAGGGACUUCGGAGCAUCGGCUCGGACGAGUUCUUCAAGCCCCUGGAGAACUUCUGCUUGGACUGCAGCUUGACGAGUCUUAAUCUGGGUGAGCGUCCGAGCGAUGAGGCGGAGGGUGCCAAGGAAGAGACUCAGUGA